AUGGGUCGAGGGAAGGAGCCUGAACAGACGACGAGUAACCCGGUGGAGGCGAAGAAACAUAGAGACGAAGCGAACGGACAUUUCAAGAACGGGAACUACGGGCGAGCGAUGACGUCACUAGAUAAGCUAAAUAAAUGUAUAUUUCGAAUUGGUGUGAAAACUUCAAUAAGAGGGUGCGAAAACACAUUGAGUUACCAUGACGACCACAGCUCGGGCGAGGAUAUCGAUGACUCUUUACAACGUGUUACAUAA